GGGGAGGAGGCGCCGGCCGGAGGGAGUCGGGGAGAAGGGAAGGAGGAUGGCGGGGACGGCGGGAGGAAGGGGAGAGGCCGCCGGGCGGCGAAGGCGGGGAGAGGAUGGAGAGCGCUCGGCGGCGUCGGGGCCCGGCCUGCGGGCCCGGGGCGGCGAAGAAGACCCCUUCCCUGCGACGCGGGAGCCGCGGGAGCCACUAUGAUGAGAGAAGCCACCUGCAUGACGCCUUCACCCAGAUGACCCAUGCCCUGCAGGAGCUGGCUGCUGCCCAGGGAUCCUUUGAGGUUGCCUUCCCUGAUGCUGCAGAGAAAAUGAAGAAGGUCAUUACACAGCUUAAAGAAGCCCAGGCCUGCAUCCCUCCUUGCGGUCUCCAGGAGUUCGCCCGGCGUUUCCUCUGCAGCGGGUGCUACUCCAGGGUCUGCGACCUCCCGCUGGACUGCCCAGUUCAGGAUGUGACGGUGAUUCGGGGCGACCAGGCUAUGUUUUCUUGCAUCGUGAACUUCCAGCUGCCAAAGGAGGAGAUCACCUAUUCCUGGAAGUUCGCAGGAGGAGGUCUCCGGACUCAGGACUUGUCCUAUUUCCGAGAUAUGCCGCGGGCCGAAGGAUACCUGGCGCGGAUCCGUCCGGCGCAGCUUACGCACCGCGGCACGUUCUCCUGCGUGAUCAAGCAAGACCAACGCCCCCUGGCCCGGCUCUACUUCUUUCUUAACGUGACGGGCCCGCCCCCGCGGGCGGAGACAGAGUUGCAGGCCUCGUUCCGGGAAGUGCUGCGCUGGGCGCCGCGGGACGCCGAGCUGAUCGAGCCCUGGAGGCCCAGCCUGGGCGAGCUGCUCGUCAGGCCCGAGGCUCUGACGCCCAGCAACCUGUUCCUGCUUGCAGCCCUCGGGGCCCUCGCAUCAGCGAGUGCGACCGUGUUGGCGUGGAUAUUCUUUCGAUGGUACUGCAGUGGCAACUAACAAAGGUAUCUCUUUCCUCCUUCCCUAUCCUGUUUCCAUUCUGAAAAUAAAGAAUAUAUUUCAACUCUG